AAAACAGUUUACACAACCCCUGUUCUCCCAACAGUUCAACCUAACAGUGGAGACAAAAAGUAGGAAAGAACAAUCCUUAAAGGAAAAAGGGUAGUCACUUAAACAGCAGAGAGCUGAACAGAAGGCAUUUUAUAUAUCAUGCCUGCUCUUUAGAUUAAUAGGAAGAAACCAGAUAACUGGAAUGGAAAAUGGCUGCUACAGCGACCUUUAGUAUGUACCAUGCUAUCCCCGAAAAUGAAUCUUAAAGUGGAUAUCCCCAAAAUAAAUCAGCAAGGAUUUUACAUUCAAGUUGAGAGAAAAGUAGUCUAUGCAGUGACAACAGCCUGGAAACAAGAUAUGCUUGAAUAAACAACCUGCAACUCAAGAAAACUCAUUUACAACAUAGACAAGUACAAAGCUUAAAAAUGCCACUUUUUGGCUGGAUGAAAUGGCCCAAAAACUAUUCCUACAAACCCACACAAUACCCUGGCUCUGAAGUAGUGACAAAGACCCUGCUGAGGGAAUUGAAAUGGCACCUGAAAGAGCGUGAAAGAUUAGUGCAAGAAAUUGAAAAUGAACAAAGAGUCCAGAAAACCGGCAUGGAUUACAACUGGCUGAAGAACUAUCAAAAUCCUCAAGCUACAAUCCCAGCUACUGAACAAAGGCAGCUUGAAGCUCUUUGCUCCCAAAUUCAACCUUGUCAAACUGGAACUGUCCUCAGCAGAUUUCGUGAAGUUUUGGCAGAAAAUGAUGUCUUGCCAUGGGAAAUAGUCUACAUAUUCAAGCAAGUUCUAAAAGAUUUUCUAACUGCUAUUGAGAGAGAAAACCAACAAGAGCAACUGGUAGAUGUAUGGAAUACAAAUUGUUCUGUACACAUUACCGCAUCUAGCAACAGCUCUAACAAAUCAGACAAAGAUGAAAUCCCAACAGUUUCAAGUUAUGUUGACAAAAACACACAAAGCAUGUUUCCUACUUUCUCCCAUAGAAUCUGGAACCUACCAUAUUAUUACCCAACAAGUUAAGUUUUUUCUUCAGACAGUUCUCAGUUCUCUUCCAGUCCAGAGACAUAUAGAAAUAAGAAAUAUAACGCUCUCCUCUUUAUUGCAAGGUCUGAAUUUUAAAUCCCUCAUUAUAAUCUAUAUAUAGAUAUAUUUUACAAAUUUGAAAUCAUUAGAAUAAUCCCCUUUUUACCAUUCUUAUUCCCCCAACGAUAUUGUGUUUAUGGGCACCUUUUCACCAAAAAUGUACCUAAACUUUUUUUAUAAAAGUGUUGAAACAAUCUUGUUUUCUUACCAUACUUAAAGCAUGUACUAUAAGAAGCUCAAGUUGUUUUCCAUAUUUUGGAAUAUGAUCACUGUGCAAUGUGUUAGUAAGGACUUCUACUUUGUGAUCUACAUAUAGUUUUUUAGCUUCUAAGGGAACCUUAUAGUGUGAGAUGGAUGCUUUAAAAUAGUAAUCAAUUUAUAUUCAACGUAACUGAGAAAAAAUUUUAACUGAACUACUAUUUAACAAAUUCAAGAACCUGUGAAAGGGAAAAAGUCUAAUAAAGCUAUAACAUACUGUACUAAUGGUUAGUUUUCUGAACUGUGUUCUGCAUAGGCUGCAACACUAUGAAGCUAAUGGAGUGAAUGAAAACAAUCUGGAUAUUUACCUCAUUUUAAUGGUUCACUCUCUCUCCCUGAAGAUACCUAACAACAGCAUUUUAUUACCCCCACCUCUUGCCUUUUAUUGGGAGAAAUUAUCUGCAACUCAGAUUUUGAACUAGCUCUCAGUGCUUUGGUAUCUUACAGUAUCGGGUUUUAUAGAACAAUAAACAAGUCAAGCAUUAUUCUGGGAGAAUACACGUUACUUGGUUAUUUAAAAUUAAAAAGUAUAAAAAUUUUGAUUUCUGCUGCUGCUUUGAGGCCUAAUAAAAAGCUGUAUUAGAUUUAA